AAAAUUUACAGAUGCGCUGCUGCUCCUGCUGCCGGUCAUUCGGGUUCCGAAGUAGGCGGUAAUACAACAGACGAGACGAGCUUCUCGGAUGCUGAGGAUAAUGCUCGGGAGCGCGAAUUCGAUGCUGCUUAUGAUUCGGUCAAUUUGACUCGCAUCGACAGUAUGACAAGGGAAGAGAUUAUCCAGGAAUAUAUGACAUUGGAUAAAGAUAACUGUCGAUUGUUGAGUCGGCUGAACAGUUUACAGUGGCAGAAUGAAAGGCUCAAGCAGCGUUUGAAGGAGAACAGUAUUGCCUACGAUGAUCUGUUGGUACCAGCAAAGCGAUGUCGCAGCGGUACAUCUGCUUCGGAGGCAAGUGAAGCUCGGCGAAGUUUCGAUGAGAUGAUGAUGGUCGAUAAUGCGGCAAGACUGUCGUGA